UCUAAUCACGCAACCGGCAAUUGACCCGUUUAGUUUGUUUUGUUGCGUGUUCACCCGACAGCAAGUCGACGUCGCCGACGCUGCUUUCCAUUUUCAACAUCUGUUUCUUUUGUCCUGUUUCUACAUUCGUUCUUCAACUUCAUCACGACCACCUUCUUACAUUAUACCCAGAGAGAGACACCCAUAUCGCUUUGAAGUUGAAUUUUUUUUUCCCCUUGGUUCGACAAACCUUUUCAGAGAGAGAGAGAGAGAGAGAGAGAUUUCUUCGCUUGGUAAUCGAUUGAGACGGAGGAAGAAGAAGGGUAUCACCGUUGCGCUAUUGUGCUCGUCGCUGGUUAUCGGGGGCUUUGAUUCCGGAGAAUUGAGCUCCGUGAGCUCUCUGUGCUUAAUGUCUUAUCUUUUUUUUCAGUACUCGUUCUCCGUGUGGCAUUUGCGAGAGUUUGUUGUUUCGGUUGUUACUGAUGAAUGGUGGCUUUUUUUUUGGGUCUACCUGCAUGCGGUGGCUAGCUGCUUCUUGAUGGCUUUAUAAUAACCUCGUUUUUGUUCAUGGAGGGGAACUUUCUCAACGUAUGGAUCGAUUCCUUGUGGUCUUAUGUCCAUGUAUGAGAACUGUGAGGACGCUGGUUGUGCAGUGGUCUGGGCAACAGUUGCUGGGAUGCAGUUUGUAAUGGAUUUGUCGCUUUCUAGUGUUCUCUGAUAAUUCUAAAGUGACUGUUGAUUUCAUAGCGCGUGCUGUUCAUGUCCUCCUCUGCAACGAUUUUCUUAGCAUUACUUGGAUUGAGCAAUUGGAUGUGUGCUCUGUAGUCUAUGCAGAUGCUGUACUAUCACUGUUUUCAUCGGAUGAGGCUUGCCCAAGGGGCCAGUUUAUCUUUUCACUCGUGGUUUGGAGUUUUUGUUAGGGUUCCAUCAACGAGAGGCUGUUCAUUGCAAUACUGAAGUUACUGUAAUUUAGCUUCUAGGAAAGGACAGUGGAUUUGCCUUAAGAGGUUCUAUUGAUUGACCCGAUCCAACAGGCAGAAUGGGCGUCUCUGGAAAAUGGAUCAGAGGCUUGGUGGGUUUAAAAAAAUCACAAAAGUCACCUUCAAAUAAGGAUGAAGAGAAGGCGAAUAGUAGCCAAUCACAUUCCAAGUCUCUGCAUUCUACGAACUGUUCAGUUGGUACGGAGACUGAAAACAUCCAAGACCAGCUUAAUCGCAAUUAUGCUUCUCAUGUUGGGGAUACAAAUGAACAUUUCAUCUCUGAUGCUGCUUGUAGUCCUUCCACCUGCGUUAAAGUACAGAAAACCGAUCAUCACCAGCAAAUUUUAAGAGAAGAGUUGGCUGCAACACGCAUCCAAACAGCUUUCCGUGGUUUCCUGGCAAGAAGAGCUUUUAGUGCUUUGAAAGGGUUGGUGAGGCUUCAGGCCCUUGUUAGAGGUCAUGCUGUUAGAAAGCAAGCUGCAAUGACACUGCGUUGCAUGCAAGCUUUAGUAAGAGUUCAAGCCCAUGUACGGGUGAGGCGAGGGCGACUAGCAUUGGAAAGUCAAACAGCAGAACAGAAACUUAAGCAACAAAUUGGAAAGGAGGCUCAAGUUCGGCAGAUUGAAGAAGGUUGGUGUGACCACGUAGGAUCUGUAGAAGAAAUUCAAACCAAGUUAGUGAAGAGGCAGGAGGCUGCAACCAAGCGCGAAAGAGCCAUGGCUUAUGCUUUAGCUCAUCAGUGGCAAGCAGGAUCAAAACAGCAGGCUGCGCCUACCGGGUUUGAACCAGACAAAAGCAGCUGGGGAUGGACCUGGUUGGAGAGAUGGAUGGCAGUUCAUCCAUGGGAGAACCGAUUUCUUGACAUUAAUAUCGGUGAUGGAGUGACAGUUCAAGAAAGUGGCUCGGCACAGAGUGCGGAUGACACUGGAGCCCAGUCGAAGUCUGCCAGCAAGAAACCGGUUUCGACAAAUCUUUGUAAUCAGAAGAGGGGGCCUUCUCAGACUAGUGAUGUUGGCUCUUCACCUUGUAAGUCAUUGAAUAUGAUGCCCUCUGAUCAGGCAGUCCACUCCAAGCUAGAGUCAAAGCUUGUCAAGGAUGUAAUUCAAGUGGCCCAAGCCAGGUCUGGUCGUGGUUCCAGAUCGCAAAGUAACCCUAAAGAGAGAUCAGCGCAAUCUGAUAAACGGGCGAAGACACGAUUCUCUCUGCCUAAUUCUGGGUCGACUGCCGGGGCGCCAACUGCUAAGAACCCCAGCAGAACUGCUGCAUCAAGAAAAUCCGGUCCGCUGGCAAGAUGUGUUUCCAAGGAAAGCUGAUCGGAUAACCUCUCAAAUUACGAAGGAGGAAAAGGGCCCAAUCUCAUCCCGUCUUAAGGCUCCUCGCAUAAUGCACGAAUUGCAAUAGACGCAAGCAACUGCUUGGAGCCCCCGCGCACCUCUCCCGUCGACUUGCCAAGGGGCGUUUCCAAAAAAUGGCAGAGCGGGAGAGAUUUUGCUUCGGCUUUGUUGGCGGCAAGCAUGGCGUCUGCAGCUCUCGUUCUCGCCCCUGAUGCCACGACCGCAUCUCUGUGUUUUUUCUUUCCAGUUUCGGUUUUACUCGGCCAGUGUAUUCGUAUCCUCGGGAGCACCUUUACCCUUUGCUGUCGCCGAGACACGUCAUUAUGUAUGUUACUGUUUUCCUGGUCUUUGUUUCUAGAAGGGAUUGUGAUUCCUGGAGUCGUU